AUGUGGCUGUGCGAGCAGUUAUCGGACGACCUGGCGCGCGAGAGAGAAGGGCUCACCGUUCAAGAUCAGGUGAUUUGCGCCCUUCGGUUUUAUGCUACCGGUGGCUUCCAAACGGCUGUCGGUAGCGAAGCCACCGUAUCGCUGUCCCAGCCGUCUGUCAGCCGCUGCGUUCGCGCGGUAUCGGAAGCGAUCGCCUGUGUCGGCACCGAACAGCGCUGGGUGUCGUUUCCGCGUACGAGAUCGGAGAUAGCGCUCGUCAAGCAAGGUUUCUUGCGGAGCGGCAACAUCUCUGACGUCGUGGGAUGCGUGGACGGCACCUACAUCGCUAUAGCCGGCCCGGACCUGCCCCCAGCCGAGAAGCAGACGUACUGGUGUCGGAAGGGAUACUACGCGCUGAACACCAUGGUGGUGUGCGACUCGAACAUGCGAGUGCUGGCCAUCGACCCUCGCUUCGCCGGCUCGUGUCACGACGCAUACGUAUGGCGUGGCUCAGCCCUUCGGAGCAUUUUCGCCGACACCGAAAUCGUCCACAGAGGAGAGUUUCUCCUUGGCGACAGUGCAUACCCACUGGAGCCAUGGCUCAUCACGCCGGUUCCGGGACAUCCCGCGCUAUCGUCUCCGGAGGGCCGUUUUAAUCAAGCUCACGCGUCGAUGAGGUCUGUGGUGGAGCGCUGCAUCGGCCUUAUGAAGAGUCGGUUCCGCUGCUUGCAGCGUUAUCGUGCGCUGCAGUACUGCCCCGCUGUAGCGGAAAAGAUUGUCGCGGCUUGUGCAGCGCUGCAUAACUUAUGUCUCGACGCCAGCGAGCCGCUUCUUGACGACGACAGCAACAUUGCCGGUGAGGAUGACGACGACGACGAUGACGACGCCUUGCCAAGUGAUGACGGCGGUCCGACCCGUGGCGGCAGAACGCUGUACGCAAGGGGAAAGGCCACACGGGACAGGCAAAUUGCACUGUAUGGCAUCAGCCGCAAUGCACAUUUGCUGCACAUUCAGCGAGCUCGCCGUCGAGCGCAACGUCACGCACUGGACAGCUAGAAAGUUAUGCACAAUGAGCUUGCUUCCGGCACGGCGCCACAUGUGCGUCACUGUGCUCCGUGUGGUGGGACUACAGUUACUCCCAAUUUUUCUCCUUCACUGUGUUUGGGCUGCAGCAAGCAGUUUACUGCCUCUGAGACGCGACUCCUGUGUGGCUGUGUGUCGUGCAAUGUGGGUACACGUACUCGCAGUUUUGCUUGUGUGCUGUGUUUUGGGCUGAAGCUAGCAGUUUACUGCCUCU